UUCACAUUCACCAUUCGAACGCUUUUAUUGUUUCAUGACAAUCAGUCUCGUCUACGAACUCAAAUCGCUUCAUUCUCGAAUCAGUCACUGACUGUGAAUACAACACCGCCUCUCUCGCCGACGCUGUCCCCCGCGCGACCAGCUUAAGUCUCCCCAAACAACCCACUGUGCAGUCUGUCUCACAUGGCAGCCUCAUCGUGAUCGAUCCGUCGUCUGCCAUCGCUCGCGCGAUAGUCAACAUGGAUAAGCUCUUAGAGCAGAGUACAGCGCUCAAUCUGCUCUUGGAGGCUCUUGAAGAAGAACAAUAUGACAAGCAGGCACACGCGUUGGUCUCGAAAUUGAACAAGAUCUCGCCUCAGGAUCUGGCCGCUGCGAAGAACGAGCUCGAUACUCUUUCACCCUCAACUCACACCGUCCUCUACCUCCAUAUCCUCCUAGCUGGCAUCGAUGUGUCCGCAGCCAGUGGAAAAGCCGUGCCGAGACAACUACCUGCUGCAGUCCUCCCGGAAGGAUCAUUAUGGCCAUACAUUGUUCAACUGCUUCUAGAAUGCGACCAAAUACAGAUACGAUACUGCGGAACACAAUUCUUGAAAGUGGUCGACUGUGUGGCGCUGGGAGCCGAACAGACACUGAACUAUGUGCCGGCCAUACAGCUGAUACACCAUGUCAUUCUACGACUCGACGAGACCUCCUCCACCCUCACUUCCACUCACCGCACCUUCAUCCGGCUGUGUCUGCUGGCACAAGCAUACGCGGAAGCUCUCGACAUCCUUGACCGACCGAUCUACCACAUUCCAACACAGCAAAAUGAUUUCCAGGGCUCGAAAGAAAUGUGCUCUUCGUCCCAGCCGACCUGGAAGUACCUAAGCCCAACGACAGGGCUGACACACCCAAUCUCAAGUCGAACCUACAUGGAGUAUUACCUUUUGGGUGGCAUGUGCUACAUGGCCAUGAGACGAUACCGGGAUGCUCUUUUCUUUCUCGAAGUCGUCCUUUCAACUCCAACCCUUCAAAACGUCGCCAGCUCAAUCAUGAUCGAAGCAUAUAAGAAAUGGCUUUUGGUCGGCCUGCUUUUGGACGGUGUUGCUCCGACUGCCCCCAAGAAUGCAUCACAAACCGCCAUGAGACAUAUUCGAGCCAUCGCCAAACCCUACGAAUGUGUCGCUGAUGCCUUCAAGACAAACAACAUCGAUCGUUUACGCGCAGAGAUCGAGGCGGGCAAUGCCUUCUGGCAGGAAGACGGCAACUACGGUCUGAUGGUGGAGUUGUUCCAGUCCUUCCGCAAGUUUUCAAUCCUGAGAAUGGGCAAGACAUUCGAUGCGCUUUCCGUAGCCGAGGUUGCGGGGAGGACAUCACCGUCUCCCAGCAAUGUUGAUGAGACCAAGGCCUAUCUAGAAGGUUUGAUUGUGAGUGGAGAACUGGGUGCAGUCAUCAUGGGAACAGAUAAAGGCGAAGUACUUCGUUUCUUGCCUGCCUCGCAGAAGUCGGAGGCUCAGGUCGAGACAGUACUGGCCUCGCAGACAAGAGAACUCGGAGCAUUCCUAGCGCAUAUUCAAAAUACCGAGCACCGAAUGGAAGUCAGCAAAGAGUACAUCGACUUCUUGAAGAAGUUGAAGAAAAUGAAGGAUGAAGACAAGAAGAAUGGCACGACCAAUGGAGCGCGAGCUGACGAUGUUGACGAGGACAUGAUGGAAGAAUACUAGCGUCGUGUUCUUUUUCCCUGAACAUCUCAGAAAUCGGAACUGAUGUACAUGGACCAUCUGCGGAGUGCUCUGAGCAGUAGCCCGUCUGGCCACUAUGAGCAUGGCUAUCAGCUGCUCGACCUGACCUGAGAUGAAAAGUCGUGGCAUCGAUAGCUUUUGGAGACUGACUCUCCGGCGACAGAGGUCAGGAAACGAGAAUCGACGACCGAUGCGAUCUCUUCCGUGUCGUUGGCACACCAACCAACGACCGUCAAGUUGAGGCAAAUGUGUGGGAUAGCAUUAGAUUGAGCAGCGUCAGCUCCGAACUGGCGAAAGGUGGUGUCAUAGAUCUGAGAAGCUGCGCUGAGGGUUCAUGUUCUUGCAUGAAAUAGCACAAUAAUACUGCCACAGAGAAGCCAUUCACAAGCAUAUCUUCUCCGAGCAAUGAACAUGAAACAAGUCAC